UGUGGAUCAAGCAGCAGGCCGUGACAAAACAAGGACACCAAAAAAGUGCGCAGCAUCCAACCAUCAUCCAGCAGUAGGAAUUGGCCUGUGUGUGAAGACAGAGGGCAACAGUGGUUGGUGAAUGGUGCCUUUCGUUUCAUCGCUCGGUCCUCACUUUUAAGGCAAGAUGUUUCUGACCCAACUGGCAACCCGGACCACCGGAGCCGGGUCCCGGGCAGCCGCCCUCGGACUUUUCGGCACCGCCGUGGUCGCCAUGAAUCUUCUCUCGACGUCCAGCGUUCUGGCCUCCUCCGCCGCCCCCAAGACCGUGUACGACUUUAGCGCCGUGGACAUCGACGGCAACAAGGUCUCGCUGGACCGCUACCGGGGCCACGUGUUGAUUAUCGUGAACGUGGCCUCCAAGUGUGGCUACACCGACGGCCACUACUCGGAGCUGAACCAGCUGUACGAGGAGUACGGCGAAUCGAAGGGUCUCCGCAUUCUGGCGUUCCCGUCGAACCAGUUCGCGAACCAGGAGCCGCAAACCAACGAGCAGAUUAAAAAGUUCGCCCAGGAGAAGAAGGGCGCCAAAUUUGAUCUGUUCUCCAAGAUUUACGUCAACGGGGACGAAACGCACCCGCUGUGGCAGUUCCUGAAGGAGAAGCAGGGCGGCACCCUGUUCGAUGCCAUCAAGUGGAACUUUACCAAGUUUAUCGUGGACAAGAACGGCAACCCGGUGGAGCGCCACGGACCGCAAACGAGCCCGCUCGAGCUGAAGAAGAACCUGGAGAAAUACUUUUGAGCAUUUAUG